UGGGCGUGGCUGCAGAUCUCCGUGCGCUGAUUGGCCGGCUCUCUGUCUGGUUCGGUUCGCCACGGUGAUCGUGAGAACGGGUCGUGUUGAUUUCAGAAGUCAUCAUGGCGCUCACUUCCCCAGUCAAAGAGCACCCGUACGGCCAUCUAAUCGACACACUAUCAGAUGGCAAGAUCCAAUUCUUUAAUCCACAGAAAUUAAAUGAUCCAAGAUAUGAUAAGCUGCCUUUGUCCAUCCGUGUCUUACUGGAGGCAGCAAUCCGUAAUUGUGAUGGCUUUUACACAAAAGAGGAACACGUCCAGAACAUUAUGGAUUGGCAGCAGCAGCAGAAUAAAGCCGAGGUGCCGUUCUCUCCAGCACGAGUCCUUUUGCAGGACUUCACUGGUAUUCCUGCCAUGGUGGAUCUGGCAGCCAUGAGGGACGCUGUGGCCAAACACGGCAUGGACCCUAACCUGGUCAACCCUAAAUGCCCCACAGACCUCAUCGUAGACCAUUCACUACAAAUUGAUUAUAGCAAAUGUGCCAUACAGAAUGGUCCGAACCCCGGUGGAGGGGACGGCACUUCCCGCCCAACUCCCUCCAGGCCUCCUCAGCUCAGAGGAGGCUCGCAGUGCGGAGGCCAGCGGAGCUCCUGUAGUAAAGCCGCCUGCAACGACCCUCCAGCCUCCCCCGGUCGACCUGCAGCGUCUGUCCAGCAGAUAGAGAAUACACCUCUCCUCUGUCCUUUCCACCUGCAGCCUGUGUCUGAACCUGAAACAGCUCUGAAGAAUCAGGAAAUGGAGCUGAUGAGAAACAAAGAGAGGCUAAGGUUCUUUAAGUGGUGUUCAAAAGCAUUUAAGAAUGUGAAUGUGGUUCCCCCGGACGUUGGCGCAGUCCACCAGGUGAAUCUGGAGUAUCUGUCCAGAGUGGUCCAGCUCAGCGACGGUUACAUCUACCCCGACAGCGUGGUGGGAACCGAUUCACACACCACCAUGAUCAAUGGCCUGGGCAUCCUGGGCUGGGGUGUUGGGGGGAUUGAGUCAGAAGCCGUGAUGCUGGGCCAGCCAGUGUGUCUGACCCUUCCUCAGGUGGUAGGCUGUAAACUGGUGGGCACCAUCAACCCUCUGACCACUUCCAUAGACAUCGUCCUCGGCAUCACCAAGCACUUGCGGCAAGCCGGAAUCGCCGGAAAGUUCGUAGAGUUUUUUGGACCUGGUGUAUCCCAGCUGUCAGCUCCCGACCGCACCACCAUCGCCAACAUGUGCCCUGAGUACAACGCCACUGUCAGCUUCUUCCCCGUCGACAACGUCACAAUCAGGCACUUUAAAAAGACAAACUUUACCCAGGAAAAACUUGAAUUACUGGAGUCUUACAUGAAGGCUGUAAAACUUUUUCGAAGCUAUGAAGACCCCUCAGAAGACCCGCAGUAUUCUGAGGUGAUUGAAAUCAACCUGAGCUCCAUGGUGCCACAAGUGAGCGGACCGAAGAGGCCUUCGGACAGAGUGGCAGUCAGCAACAUGAAAGAAGAUUUCCAAAGUUGUCUUGAUGAGAAGGUGGGCUUCAAAGGCUUCCAUAUCUCUAAGGAGAAGCAGGAGACUCUGGUUCCUUUCCUGCACGGCGGUCAGGAGUACCAGCUGGCACACGGCUCGGUGGUCAUCGCAGCCGUGAUCAGUUGCACCAACAACUGCAACCCGUCUGUCAUGCUGACUGCAGGUCUACUGGCCAAAAAGGCUGUGGAGGCAGGGCUCAUCGUCAAGCCGUACAUUAGGACCAGCCUGGCUCCUGGAAGCGGCAUGGUCACUCACUACCUCAAUACCAGUGGAGUCCUGCCUUACUUUAACCAGCUGGGAUUUGAGGUGAUAGGUUACGGCUGUGCCACCUGUGUAGGGAACACAGCGGCACCGUUACCAGAAACUGUUGUGGAUGCAAUCAAACAGGGGGAUUUGGUGGCCUGUGGUGUGUUGUCUGGCAACAGGCACUUUGAAGGCCGUCUCUGUGACUGCGUGCGUGCCAACUACCUGGCCUCCCCUCCUCUGGUGGUGGCGUAUGCCAUCGCGGGCACUGUGGGGAUCGACUUUGAGAAAGAGCCUUUAGGUGUGACAUCAGAGGGCAAGGAGCUGUACCUCCGCGAUAUCUGGCCGUCCAGGGAGGAGAUCCAACAGACUGAGGAGGAGACAGUCAUCACCUCCAUCUUUAAGGAUCUCAGGGGAAGGAUGGAGAAAGGGAACUCAUUUUGGAACAACAUCGACUAUCCAGAGUCUGUUGUUUUCCCCUGGGAUCACAAGUCCACGUACAUCCGUUCACCGUCUUUCUUCAGCAAAUUAGGUAAAGACGUGCCACCUCCUCAGUCGAUAGAGAACGCUCAUGCCUUACUGUUCCUCGGAGACAAAGUGACCACAGAUCACAUCUCGCCGGCUGGGAGCAUCGCCAGGGUCAGCGCAGCCGCCAAAUACCUGCUGAGCAAACGACUGACGCCGCGGGAGUUUAACUCGUAUGGCGCUCGCAGGGGGAAUGACGCAGUGAUGACCAGAGGCACGUUUGCCAGCAUCAAGCUCCAAAAUCGAUUAAUCGGCAAAACAGGCCCCAAGACUUUGCACAUUCCUUCAGGCCAGACAGUGGAUGUCUUUGAGGCAGCUGAACGCUAUCAGAGAGACGGCAUUCCCCUCAUCAUCCUGGCCGGCAAAGACUACGGCUCUGGAAACUCCAGAGACUGGGUAGCCAAAGGACCAUACCUGCUGGGGGUACGCGCAGUCAUCGCUGUGAGCUUUGAGAACCUGCACAAGACCCAGCUGGUGGGCAUGGGCAUCAUGCCGCUUCAGUUCCUGCCCGGCCAGACCGCCGACUCGCUGGAGCUCAGCGGGAAGGAGAGGUUCACCAUCAGCAUGCCCGACAGCCUGAGUCCGAAGCAGCAGCUCACUGUCAAGACCAGCCAAGGAAAGUCCUUCUCCGUCACCGCGCUGUUUGACACCGAGAUGGACGUUACCUUUUUCCAGAACGGAGGGCUCCUUAGAUACGUUGCUCGGACUCUCCUCUGAAACGGCCUGCAGCUGGGUCCCAAACCUACUGAAUGUGCACUAGUUUCAUGACAGGCAGCCCUCGUCAUUUCAGCAGUUUGUGUUCAGUAUUGACUAAAAAGCGGCUCAUUGAAGUGACAUUAAGGCUGGUGGUGUUGUCAGUCUGAGCUGGAUUUGAUGGACUCGUGAGACAGUUUGAAGCAGUUCGAUUGAUGUUUUCAUCACUACACACCGCUGUUACAGCAUUCGCAAAGGCAACGUUUGUUCUCGCAAGAGACUCAAACUGAGCCCAGGGUAUGCGAGAAGACAUUCAUACAUCAGUUUUUGUCUUUUAUUGCUGGAAAAAAAAGAAAAUGCAGACUACUUGAAGGGACAUUUGUUUCAUCAUUUAGAAGUAGGUGAGCCAAGAAGAAAUGAACCCUCUCUGCUUUUGUCAUCGUUUCACUCAAAAACAAUCCUGCCUGGAGAGGCUAAGACGGUGCUACGGUACUUCAGCAUGGAUAUACAUAUUGUAUUUUUAGGGUGAGACUGUAAACCCUUUUUUCCCCAACAUUCAAGUCAAGUCAAAUAUUAUGGGUUUAAAAAAAAAAAAAAACCUCCAUUAUUGAAAGUGAUGUCAGGUGCCCAUAUUUUUUUUUUAGGUCAAACAAUUGAACAUCCUCUUAAUAUUUCUUUAAUUAAACAUUUUUAAUCAGGUUCCCUUGAUGCAAAAAAGUAGUCGCCUCCUAAUGCUCACAAUCCUUUGGAAUGAGGUGAAAUGCCUCUGUCUGACGUUACAUACAUCACUAAGCUCCCUGCAUGAACAUGGCUCCUACUUAAACUGACAGCCGUCAACUUCACCUUAAAAGUAAAUUAUCAAAAGCUUUUCAGCAUAAAAAAUAAAUGAAUAGCCAUGCACAACGCAGCAGACGCUUCUAAAGGUUUGCUUUGAAAUAAUAACUAUUUGAAAUACACUUACUGUUUGUAUCCAACGUAUUCAAACAAAGUACUAUCAACGUGCGAAAUACACUUAAGUUUACUUAACUGGUGCUGAAGUAAACAGGUAGUUAUUGUGAUGUUGCUGGCUGGAGUUACACUUUGUCAUUUGGAUCUUUUCCCACAACAGUUUUCAGUUAUUCACUCAGCAGACGAGGCCAUGUAACUUUGCUUAAGAGUAACUCAAAUUACAAAUACAAGAUGAUCGUAAUUUUUGUCUUGGAUUGAGCAAGAUUGUGUUUAAUUGCUAAUUUUUAAGAGGACGAAUGUGUUAUUUAUUUUACCAAAAGUUACACUUUCUUGCUUUUAAGGAAAAGUUUGGUCUUGUGGGGGAAAUGAUCUUAUUUGCUCUCUGGUGGAGGGUUAAAAAGAAGAUUGUCUGUCCAUUAAAAGAGACAGAUCCACAAUUUUUAUUUAAAGUUUCUUAAAACAGUCAGGUGGCCAAAUGAACAUUGAAAUAGGGUUUUCCUGCCAUAAUCUGUUGAUUCCUGUUCGGACUGACCUCUUCACAAUGCACUCACAAUGCAAGUGAUAGAAGACAAAAUCGACAUCCCUCCAUCUGUGCAAAAAUGUUUUUCAGAGUUUAUCUGAAUUUAAAUCUGAAUAUUUGUGCACAAAAUGAAACUUGCAUUGAAAGCACAUUUGAAGGGGAUCUUUGAAUAGCCAGUAUGAACGGGUGGAAUGAUUACAGCAAGGAAAACCCUCUUUCACUGUUCAACUGUGAACCUGUCCUUUAUUAUUAAGCUACAGCCAUCUGACAUUUAGAUUAGCUUUUUCUUACCUUUCACUGAGCCUGGCUAUAGCUGUCUCUCCCCGUUUCCAGUUUCUGUGCUAAGGUAAGUUAACAUCCUGGUGAAUAAGUCUAUUUCCCUAUUGUUAAAGUAUUCCUUUGACAACUGGACCAUUAUUUUUGGACACUUCUUGGCCCUGUCUGUUCACGUGAUGUGGUGAUGAAAGCUGUAUUGGAGUGACAAGUGUAAUCACAGCGCUUCGUCUCUUUGGUGCUUCUCAUGUCUCUGUGCGUCUAUACAGUGGGAUUUUUAUUUUCCUAGGAUGGCGAAGUCAUGACCUGCCCUCCCACACGGCUGCCUUAAUCUAACAAUCCUAACCAUCAAAGGCAACGAGUAGCCAUUAGCCAAUCACAGAGGUUCAUGACUUUGCCAUCCUAGGAAAAAAACUUGGCUUCCACACAUGGGAUCAGUACAUUUAAUUCAGUCUAACUUGUUAAAUAUUACAAAAAAAACAACAAAAAAACUACUUGCAUGAGCACUCACUUUAAGUGGGACAUGACUGAUAAUCAACGCUUUUUUUAUCAUAACCAGCUAGACUGCAGUUUGAACUGACUCAAUUGUAGGUGAAUGGACACUGGCCCUGCCUACAAUACAGGUAUUGUUAAAUGUCUUAUCCAUCACAAAGCAUAUAUAUAUAUAGUGAGGUACUGGCCUUGUCAGCAGAAAUCAGUCCAAGAACAUUCUUUUUAUGUCAGCUUUGUAUGAUUUUAAUUUUUGUGCAUGUUCGAGCCAUUUGUACUCAGUUAAGAGUAUCUUGGUAGAUAAUGGCACCUUCAGAAAUCAUCCAUCCAGUGCACCAUGUCACAUUAUUUAGAAUAUGGAUUGGAGCCUUUAUGCAUAUAUACAUAUAUAUAUAUAUUUUUAGAGAGCAUGAUAUGUGCUGGCUGUGUUUAUGAGAAGUGGUUGUUAUUUAUUGAUACCUACAUUAUUCUGUAAUAUGUUGAAACCAUUAACUGCCUGAACUGUUGCAAAUCCUUGUAGUUUUUUGUCAUGUUACAGACAGUUUCUUUUGUUCAUGUCCAGCUGCCAAAGUGAAGCUGAAGCAAGCAGCGAGCAGUCAUGGGAUGAUGUCAUGUGUUGUUGUCAUGGGUGCCUAAUGUGUUAAGAGUCCAUCAUAGUUUCUCUACUGCUUCACGUUACAGUUUCUUAGUUUGCUCGGCCAGGCCAGUCUAUCCUCACAGUUUGCCUUCUUAGUUCAGUUAGCUGGAUGGAGCAACAUUGUAGAGUGAAGUGUAGUGUUAUCAUGUGUCGCAGUUCACUGGUUCGGCGCUGCUUCUGUUAUCUCAGUCGUGUGCAAACCGGGUGCUUCGCUGCACACAUGAAAAGGUGUCUGGAUGUCUGUAACUCUGAAUCAUAUUGUAAAUAGUUUUUAAUAAAUGGUAAAUCAAAGCUGGUAUCGAAGCGCUCUGUGAGGAGUUACGAGUGCCCUGUUGAAUGAAUUAUAAAAGUUCAUUUGAGGACAUCUUUACUGCUGACAAGUUUUUUUUUUACAACCUAGAUAUCAGUGAGUCUUGUGAGCAUGCAUCACGUCGAAUGACAGACCUCUGUUACCUUCAUAAUAAAAUCCAUGUCAGCACUUAAACAGCAAAAGUGAGUGAAGCAAUUAAAAUAUGUUGGGAGUUAUUGCCUGUCCAAUAGAGGAUCUUUGAGGAGGACACUUUUUAAAUAUCCCUUAAAUUCGGCUGUUAAGGAAUGAUUCCUAAAUGAUGAUUUUCUUUUUUACAGCUGAAAAAUAAAUGUCAGUGGUCUGUGGAGAAAAACUAUGUACAGUUCCUAAAUAACCUUGGACACAUCACUGGUAUUUCUGUACUGCAAUUUCUCUUUUCAGCCGAUAGGUGGUGAAGCACUUUACAUUCUGAUACCGAUAAAUCUUAAAAAGCUAAUAUCAGAAGAUAUAGUGGGAAUUUAAUCUUACUGAGUUUUAUCUAUGACCUUGUGUACCAGACUUUAAAAGCAGUACCAGCGAUGUAGUACUGUGAGGAAUUUAUUCUCUAGUGCAGCGGUUCUCAAAGUGGGGUCUGGGGUCCUUGCAGGGGUUCCCUAGCAAAAAGGGGAAUCAUUUAUUUUCAUUAUACUUCCAUCGAUAAGUAACACAAUGACAGAAUGUGUGAGCUUCAUACACUUUAUGUUAUGAAACAUCUAUAAGCAAAAAUCUUAUCAAAGGGGGGUCUGUGGUCUAAUUUGUGAUAGUUUAGGGGUCCUUGAUGUGAAGAAGUUUGAGAAUACAUAAACAGAACAGUGUGUUUAAAUGAGGAAUUCUCUGAUGUUAAUGUCACCUGGUUUUUGACUUUAAACAUGACAAACAGCUGUAAUAUUUAGUUUUUAGAAAUAAAGAGACUUGAGUCUGAGGUUCUUACUGAAAUCUCCAAGUGUAAACAGUGCAACUUUAAUUGAUUUGUUUUAAAAGAAAUUUCUAUGACACAGUGCACGUUGCUGACAUUGCUCUGCACGUUGACGAGUGAUGAUACGCAGUAUGAAGCUGAACAUCCACAGUUUUCAUUCAGUGCUGUCUGACAGCAUUCCUCGAAAUCUCAGAUGAAAACAAGCAUGUAUAUGUCAAAAGAAAAAGAAAAAAAAACUUGUGCAAAGAAAUGUCUGCAAGUUACAUGAUGCCUUACUGACACAUGAUACAGUGUAGCGUAAUCGCUGCACGGUGUGCAAACGUGAAAUUAAAGCUAUAAUCAAAAGACGGCAGCUCUGCCACGUGUUACUGUUUGAUCGUCAAACUGCGGACUGAGGCAGCAGGGAAGCAUUUAGGUUCAGUAUGACAUCAGUUUAGUAUUUGACAUUAAUCUCAUCUCUACGAGUCAGCAUCAGUCCAGUCCUGGUGCUUCCUGGACUCCAUUUUUAAAAGGACCAUUCCAGUGUUUUAACAUGUUGUUGCCCAUUUACUAGAAAUCACACAGUCUCAUUUAGUGCUGAAAUGAUUAUUCAGUCAACAGAUUAUUAUUCAUUUAAGUUAUUCAUGAAUCAAAAAUGUUUCCAGCUCCUCAAAUAUGAGGACCGCAUUUCAAUGUUUUACAUGAUUUUAAAUGUAAUAUCUUUAAGUUCGACAAAACCUGCAAUAUGAUACCACUGUGGAAAAUUAAGACGGGCAAUCUUCAUUAUUUUCUGACAUUUUAUCAUGAUUAAUUAUUAUUUGCAAUUACUGUCAACCUGUCAAGGAAAUGGUUUUCAUCAAUUUCACUUCAGUACACCACAAUACUUGCAGUUUGCUUGAGAUAGCAACAUUUAUGUAGUGGACAUGUCAGGAUUUACUGUAUUUUAGUCACUGAUUAACUCAAACAAUCUCAUGACAUUAACAGUGAAGGGUGCACAUCUCAAGCAAGUUUCAAGUGUGUGGAAGCCGAGGCAGCCCGCAAGAUAAGCACAUUUAAAAAGCCUUGAAAAGAAUACAAAAACAAUUAUAGUAAAUAGGCAAAAUUUUGUGAAAACACCUGCAUGGUUUUUAAACUCAAGCCUGACAAUCUUGUCAUUAUGGCUGUUGUGGAAGUGACUGUUAGCAAUCCUCAGCUGUGUUCAACCUUCUCCCAAAAACUGGAUUAUAUUUGCUGUCCGAAGACGAAAACACCACUCGGAUUUAAAAAGGCACAGACAAGUGUAGUUACAAGAGUAAAGUUUGCACUAUGAUUGAAAUCAAAUCUAAAACAUUAAACCCACAUUAAGCUUGACCUACAAUGCAACCCUUGACCACAGCUGUAGACCGCUAAUCUAAUGCCUCUCUUUACCCUGCAACCCCCCCACCCCCGUCAGCAUCAAUAGUAUUUUAAAUCUGAAAGAAAAAAAAACAAAAAACAAAA